GUUCACACACACACACGUUCACACGCACGUUCACACACACACACGUUCACACACACACACACACACGUUCACACACACACACGUUCAAACACGUUACAGCUGGGAUCUCUCUUCACGCGUGUCCGGUACCACCGCUACGACAUCGUCAAGGGACGUCGCCACCUUGACCGUAACGGUGAAGUCACAACAUCGUCCUCAUCAUCGUCCUCAUCAUCGUCGUCGUCAUCGUCGAAGAAGUCCUCUCCCUUCAUCAGUGACUCUUCCGUCGUCGGCUGCUGGUGACGCAGGCGCGGAUGGUACGAGGGGUGACUGGGGCAGUGAUGGCGAUGUUCCAGUGACAACCAGAGAGUGUUGCUGAUGAUGAUGACGACGACGCUGCUGCUGCUGCUGCUGCUGCUGAUGAUGAUGAUGAUGAUUCAGACGAGGAAAUAUGAAAUGAGUUACUGCGUCUCUCUGAAGGCGAUGGCGGCGGUGAUGUUGACGGCGAUGACUCUGCAAGCGCAGUAAGUGCCGAGCCGCUCGUGACGCACGCGGCUUCCUCCUCCUCCUCUUUGUUUGAACGUCGCGUGAAGACACAAGACCGACGGAGUUGUCUACUGCUCACAAAGACUUCUAUAUAUGUUUUUUUAUAUAUAUUUCACGAAUAGUUUGUGUUAGUUAAUUUUAGUUUGAGAGGCUGGUGUUGUCGGUGGUGGAGAGAGCCCCCCCCCCCCAUAAGGAAGGCAGAGGAUACGAUCCCAGUUCUGGAGCUCGCUCGAACCGGUCCGGCACUCCGCCUUUGUGGUUUUUAAUGGAUGGGCGCCUUCACCAAGCUGGACACAAAUGCGGGUUUGUCGGUGAGAAUGUGUCGUGCGUCGAAGAUGAAUCCACUUCCCUCUGCGUGAACACGAGCUCCGAGACCCAGGUGGGUGCAUGUGUCCGUGUGCGAGUAUAGGUCUGACACGGCUUAAGAGGGCGCAGAGGGGUUCUCGAACGAAGAUCGCGUUUUGUCUCUCCAUUAAGUUGGGUACGUGCUCCACUCUGAAGUGCUCCACCCUGUAGUGCUCCACCCUGAAGUGCUCCACCCUGAAGUGCUCCACCUUGAAGUGCAACUCCUCCUCGUCCUCUGCGCAGCGAGAUGGCACCACGCUUCCUCGAGUCGCCCACGUGCGCCCGUGACGCCACGAAAGUUCCGUGUUGUUCGUCCCGGUAGAGAGCCGUGUGAAUCAGAGGGAAGGGGUCGACUCUUCUUUUUUUUGUUUUAAAAACGGAGAGAGAAACUUUGCGGCCGUCAGCAGCAGCCGCAGCAGCAAUUCGGGUCUAGAUCCGAAACAAAUUGUUAACCCGGCAGAGUCAAACAUCACGGCGUGCGAACGUGUUCUGUGGAGCAAACUCUUGAGUUUGUGGACGUCGUGAGAGAGUAAGAUGCACGCGGCUUUUGCGUCGAUGAUGGCCAUGCGGAUGCUGUCGCAACAUCGAUGAGAGUGGAAACAUCUCGAGACCUGGAGGCGCAACGUCGUAGCGAAACGGCGAAUACCGUCGUGGUCGGGUGGGAGGAGGAGGAGGAGGAGGAGGAGGAAGAGGAGGGGGAGAACGGCGAGGAGGUGGAGCAGAACGAGGAGGUCGCGCUGCGGGGAAUCGAACUCGGCCGCUACCAGCUCGGAGGUCCACUGCGCGAGUCUGGCUUCGCGCUCGAGAUUCUGCAGAACAGCCGCAAUGCGUGGACGGAAGUGAUCGGGCAGUUUUGCGCAGACCUGGAGUGUCCGUCUUGGAGAGAGGAUUUCGGCACCCCAGGGGGUGGCGAGGCGGAGGACGAGGUGGUUAAGGAGGAGGAGGUGGAGGAAGGAGAAGUGGAGGGGGAGGUUGGGAAGCAGGGCUGGGAGGAGGUUGAAGAGGAGCAGGAGAGAGACGUGGAGCAGCAGCAGGAGCAGCAGCAGGAGGAGGAGGAGGAGAUCCGAACGGGAGUGGGAAUGAGAGCAGAGCUCUUGAACAAGGGUGAGUCUGAGACGGACUCGUCGGCAGAGUCAUCGACUGGCAGCGUGGCCGCGAGAUGCCUCGGCCAUGAAGACACCACGCGGGGCGAGACCACCACCACCAUCAUGGGAGGAGGUCUCAAGCAGCAGCAGCAGGACGUGAGAUUGAGGAGAAGUAGCUUCGACCGGCAGCAACGUGAUGGCCUGCGUCAGCAGCAUCAGCAGACCGCAUCUCGGCCGCGUCCUGCGAGUUUGUACAGCCACCCGGAGCUAGCGAGCGGCGCUCCGGGCCUCCGCAGCAUCCCCGAACCUCCGGCGAAGAGCCCCGCGCCUCGACGCCCUCGGAGCAUUUGUCUCUCGGGAGCAAGCAGCCGGGCAGAGGGAGACCUCGCGAGGCACGGCACCUGUGGGACACCCGUCACUGAUGCGGUUGUCGGUGCUGCUGCUGCUGCUGGUGGUGGUGGUGGCGGCGACGAUGGCGGAGCGCCAAUUCGCCGUCACAGAGCUUCGUCCUUCACCGGUCAAAUCGACGCAGAGAUCCUGCGUCGUGGCAGCGCUGGUGCGGACGAUGGCGCUGGUGCAGGCGCAGGGCAGAGGAGGAGGACCCGGCCCAUGAGCCUGAUGGUGGAGCCCACCACCAGGCCCGAAAAGCCUCCCGUCGACACGAGGACAGAGGGUGCAGACCCGUGGAGGUUUGCACGACGUCUCGUGGCUCUGAGCGCCAGCUUCAAGAAGGCGCGCGGAGCCUCGGCGAGAGGACGUGGUGGUGGUGGUGGUGGCUGUUGUGAAGAAGUCGCCUCCUGCAGAUCCCCAGGUCGUGUUGAGGAGCAACGUCCGAACGCGCACUCGACGCCUCUUCGUGAUCAUCGUGAUGAUGGAUGUCACCACCACCACCACCAUCAUCAUCACAAUCACUCCCACCACCAUGGCAGUAAUGGAACCCUCAACAACGGAGAGCAGCAUCAGAAUCGUAGCAAUCAUCAGCAGCAACAGCAGGCCGGAGAGUGGAAGUUCGUGGGACUCAUCAGGAAGAGUUUCAGCUUCCGAGUAAAGGGCAGCGGUGGUGGUAGCGGCCGGCCCAGGCCACAAGGCGCAGGCAGCCCGUGCGGGUCUCCUGUCCUCGGUAGGCGAAUGUGGACAACGGCAGAGCCGAGGGCGGCCAACGGGAGCGCCUCGCACAACGGACUGGGCCCUCGCCAGACGGGCUGCGGGAGCGAGCACGGCACGAUGAUGAUGAUGAUGAUGACGACGACGACGGCGGCGACCACCUCCUCCCCGUCGUCGUCAUCAUCAUCACCAGCACCACCGCCGCCGUCGUCGGCAUCGUCCUCGUUUCUUCAACGACGUUUCUCGCGGCGUUCCAGGGACCGCCAGGGUAGGAACAGGACCUGGGACGGCCACGAGAUGGACGCGGCCUUGAGGAGCCCCGGGUCACUCGCCGCGACGCAGCACGACGGGAGGAUCAGGAGGCUGCUCAGCAGAAUCUUCGUGCGUAAAGACGGAGAUGGAACUCCUCCUCCUCCUCCUCCUCCUACGACGACGACGACUUGUGCGGCGGAAACCUCCUCCUCCUCCUCCUCGUCGCCGGGGGCAGAGCAGCGCACUGCAUCGCCGUCGGCAGCUUUAGCCGCUGCUGCGUCAUCGUUACCCGGAUCGCGGACGGGUGGCCCGGCUGGAGAGGUCGGGGUCGGCGUGACCCCGCGAGGUCACGCCGACCCGAGGCCCAUCAUCGUGGUGCACGAAGAUGACCGAGGUGGUGUCGGCGAGACGGAGGUCGCCUCUCCAGCCCACGAUUUCUCGGCGCUCCCCGGCUCCGCUGCGCACGAUGGCUCCAGCCUGACCAACGCAUCCCCGGCUCGUCUGUCGGCCCACUCGCUGUGCGCGGGGGAGUGGGGGCCAGCGGAGGGGCGGGGGGGGGACGCCCCCACCCCCACGCUGGCCCGCAGGGUGCCCAAGCGACGGUCCAACAUCUUCACGAGGAACAGCGACGUGGAGAAGGAGCGACGGGCGGCGGCCGAGGGGGACUGCAUCGGCAGCGGCCGCGCCAUCCCCAUCAAGCAGGGCAUCCUGCUGAAGUGGGGCGGCACCCUGAACAAGGAGUGGAAGAAGAAGUACGUGACUCUGUGCGAGGAGGGCCUGCUCACCUACUACCCCAGCCUGCACGACUACAUGCAGAACAUCCACGGCAAGGAGGUGGCGCUGCUGGGAACCACCGUGAAGGUGCCGGGGGCCCGACCCCCCCGGGCCACCUCCUCCUCCUCGGCCCCCGCGGCCCCCCACGGCCCCCCGGCCCCCAGCCCCAGAGGCAGCCACCUCGCCGGGGACGAGAGCGGGGCCACAGCGCACAACGCAACAGUCAACGGCACGUCUCCCGACGCUGCCGUCCCCCUGCAGCCCACGGCGAUCUCCGCGGCGAGCCCCGAGCCGGCGGUGCCGGGGAGCGACGGCCACGGCCGCUCCGGCAGAGCCGGCAGUGCGUCAGACGACACGGUGGGGUCCAGCCCCAGCCUGUCCGGCGGCAGCCUCAAGCAGGACCCCUCGGCGUCGCCCGUCACCACACGGCGGAGACACAGACGCCACGGAGAGGAGUCGUCGCCGUCGCCGCCGCCGCCGUGCGACUUCACCGUGGUGUCCCUGACCGGCGAGAGUUGGCACUUCGAGGCGGCGAGCGGCGAGGAGCGCGGCGCCUGGGUGGCCGCCAUCGAGGGGAGGAUCUUCGCCAGCCUCCAGUCCUACAGCAGCGGCGGGGGAGGGGACACGCGCUCCGCACCGUCGCCCCAGGAGCUGCAGCGACGGCAGCGGACGAUCGAGGAGAUCCGCAGCGUGCCGGGCAACGAGAGCUGCGUGGACUGUGGCCUUCCCAACCCGAGCUGGGCGAGCCUCAACCUGGGCGCCCUCAUGUGCAUCUCGUGCUGCGGGGUGCACCGCGCGCUGGGGGCCCACCUGUCGCGCGUGCGCUCCCUCCAGCUGGACUACUGGCCGCCCGAGCUGGCCGCGGUGCUCACCGCCAUGGGCAACCGCCUCGCCAACAGCGUGUGGGAGGGCGCCCUCGACGCGGCGAACGCCGACGCCGGUGGGAACGCCACGACCGGGGCGACGAGGCCGAGCGGCGCGAAGGCCGCCGACACGGCCGCCGUCGCCGCCGGACGCGGCGAGGGAGGGAGGGGACACCGAAGGAAGCCGUGUGCCAACUCCAGCAGGGAGGAGCGCGAGCGCUGGAUCUGGGACAAGUAUCGCGAGCGCCUCUUCCUGGCACCGCUGCCUCCUCCUCCGUCGUCGUCGUCGUCGCCCGGCGCGGCGUUCGGCCCGCGCCUCGCCAGCGCCGUCGCCGCCGGUGACGUGCGCUCCGUGGCGCUGCUGCUGGCUCACAGCGAGCGCGAGCAGGUGAACGAGGCGUGCGCAGGGGGGUCACGUGACGGGCCUGGUGGGGAGCAGCCCAUCCUUCACCUCGCCUGCGCGAACGGGGACGUCGUCACGACGCAGCUCCUCAUCUGGUACGGCGCUGACGUCCGCCAGCGCGAUGAUUUGGGUGGCACCGCGUUGGCGCGUGCCCGCGACGCCCGUAGCCACCUGUGUGUCGACGUUCUGCUGGCCCACGGCUGCCCCGAGGGCGACUGAAGCCCCUCGCCACCUCGACUGAAGCCCCUCGCCACCUCCACUGACGCCCCUCGCCACCUCCACUGAAGCCCCUCGCCACCUCCACUGAAGCCCCUCGCCACCUCCACUGACGCCCCUCGCCACCUCCACUGACGCCCCUCGCCACCUCGACUGAAGCCCCUCACCACCUCCACUGACGCCCCUCACCACCUCCACUGACGCCC